AUGGCGGACCCUUUAAGUGUCGCGGCCUCCGUACUGGCUAUUUCGACAGCCGCCAUACAAUCCGCCAAAUCACUAUUCGAGACAGUCAAACGGUACAGGGAUCGAGAUAAAACCCUACGCAGACUUCAAGACGAGCUAGAGGAUCUGACGAAGGUUUUGGAAUCGUUGACUAAAGCGACCAAUACCGAGCAGUCGGUGUUGUCGCUACUCCAAGGUCCAGUUGAAAGAUGUAGCCUCGUAUGCCAGGAAUUCGAGUCAUCAAUGGAAGUAUUCGGCAAGAAAUCAAAGACUGGUUUUCGAGAUUGGACAAGGAUGGAGUUCAUGAGAGGUGAUAUCAAUGAGUUCAUUGAGACCAUCGCGGGAUACAAGUCGACCAUCUCAGUGGGCCUAGGCACUAUAACCAUGCAUACUUCCAAGAUCUCCCAUGACGUUCUCGUGGAGUAUAGCGAGAUGAUCCAUGAUACGACCUAUAAUUUGGAACUUCACCUACAGCGCAUCGAAGAGAAGAUGACAAAGCUUACUACCGAGCAUAAACUUGCAUUAGGAGGAGCUGUAGACUUGAAAGACGAGAAGGACGUUACGAGACAAUGUCUUCGUAUUUGUGAAGCAGCCAGAUCGUACCUCGAUACAGUGUCUACUGAUGCUUCAACCCUGCUGCAGGAAGCAUCCCAGAAUGGCACCGAAGACGAACUAUAUGAUGCACAAAGACGGACACGUGAGAUGCUGGAUGAAACCCGAGACAACUUCACACGAACUUCCAAUCAUCUGGCACGACGCCUCGAAUCUCUAAGCCUGGACCAAGCUUCCACCAGCGACUGUGAGAGACAGAAACUACAGACAGAUAUCGAAAUCUCGAAACAGUGUCUGGAAGUCUGCAACAUGGCCAACGACAUCUCACGCCAGAGGGUCUAUAAGGUUGGUGAGGCUGUUGCCGAUGGCGAUAGCGACCAAGUGCUGGUGACUACUAUGGCGGAUCUAUUCGACAUUGGCAAAGCGGUAUCAAGAGAGAACUCAGCACAGCUGCUUGGCUUUAUGUCAUCGGAUGAUCUACGACACAUAGUUCACAAGCGGUAUGCCAGUCGCUUUGGAACUGUAGCCAGCCAGAGUAUCUUUGAAGUAGGCUCCACUGGUGCACACUCGUUCGUCAAAGUCCCUAAAACCGAACCUCUAGCUCACGCUAUGAAGUUUGAGCAAGAUGCAGAGCUUGUGACGAGACAGCACAAGCCGUCUUCGAAUGAGAUCAGGAAGCGAACCGCCAGUAGAGACGACAAAGAAUCCAAACAUAUAUGA